CAUAAUUUCGCAUUUCCUUGUUAGAAUCCUUUCACGCAUAUUGCAUUUCCACUGCAACAAUUUCUCGCAGGUGCUAUUGUCUCUAUCUGCAUAUUUCAUUUGUGACUUUCAUCUUGUCUGACGAGACAAAUUAUUCUUCAGAACCAUGUUAACGUUAUGGUUGUUGGUCGUGUUCCUUGGUAUUAUCUGUCAAGGCUCUACUUUCUGGAUAAAAUUUGAUAAUGCAUUUACGAGGAACUUGGAAAAUGCGAUGCGUGUGGUUUACGAAUGGAGAUAUAUUGACUUUGAUUUCGGUAGUGAAGAAAGAAGGCAAGCUGCCAUUAGUUCUGGAGAAUACAAUUAUACGAAAGUCAAUCCCAUAGACGUGGAUCGAUGGCACAAUCUAAUAUUUGUCACGGUGAUAAGGGAUGAAGGCGUGCCUUCGUCUUUGAACGUCAUAUCUGAUAGACGCGGACCUGGUGGCCCUCUUCUGACACCGUACCCCAAUUGGAAUUGGACAAGCACUAAAAAUUGUUCUAACAUUAUAAGCGUUUACAGAGUUUCGAUCGACAGAUGCAACAGACUGUGGGUCUUAGACACUGGUGUUAUCGGUGAUAAUCACGUGUGUCCUGCCAAGCUCGUUGUCUUCGAUCUAACAACCUCUGAGCUGCUGCAACAAGUUGAAAUACCAGACAACAUUGCGAUAAACUCGACGUCGGGUCAGGGAUUAUUAGUAACUCCAGUGGUUCAAACUUUUGAUCGUGAUUGCGACAUAACCUACGUGUACAUAGCGGAUGCAGAUGGUUAUGGUUUAAUCGUUUACGACGGCAGUUCAUUUCGGCGACUAACUUCGAACGCGUUCAACUUCGAUCCCAGAUAUAUAAAUUACACGAUAGAGGGGACAAGUUUUCAAUUACAAGACGGUAUCGUGGGGAUGGCUAUAUCCCCCGUGACGGACAAUCUUCAUUUUAGUCCUAUGUCUUCUCAUAAUUUGGACUAUAUUAACACGUACCAGUUGACGCAGCUUCAGGGCGAUCAAGUGCAGUAUCAAGUGGCCGAAGAUAUUCUAUGGACUCAAUCGAGCGCUAAAGCGGUAUCGAGAAGCGGAGCUGUUUUCUUUGGACUCGUGAGUGACACGUCGAUUGGUUGCUGGAACGAAUUUCGUUCGCUUAACAGGGAGAAUAUCAGACUAGUUGCUAGGAAUAGUCGGACUCUCCAAUUCACCAGCGGUCUCAAAGUGAAGGAUUGCCGUGGAAAAGAAGAGCUGUGGGCAUUGACUAAUAAAUAUCAAAGAAUAGCAACGGGGACCUUAGAUUACGACGACGUGAACUUCCGAAUUUUGAAAGGAAAUGUGGAAGGAUUGAUAAGGGGCACUCGCUGUCAAUUAUUCGACGUUCUGUGAUCUAUUGAUAAAUCUAUUAAAAUCCUGUUCUCGAUAUGAAAUAAAUAUUACACGAAAUUCGGUUAUAUCGUAGGUCGGGGAUAAAAUAAUGAAAUAUAUAAUAUACUUGGUGUGAUAAUA